CUCUUGUAUUCCGUAUACACGAUCUUUUUGUUAUUCGUUACGCAUAGCCUCGUGGUAACUCAAGUUUUAGACAUAGUGUUCAACGUCAACACCCAGGAAGAAUUCACCGAUAAUUUCUACAUGACGCUGGGGGUCUUCAUAUCCUGUUGCAAAAUGUGUAGUUUGUUGACGAGUCGCGAGAAUUACGUGAUUUUGAUCGAGUCCCUGCAAAACGAACCCUUCUCGCCGAGGAACAACGAUGAAAUUGAAAUUCUCACGAGAUUCAAUAAAUGGGCACAAUGGAAUGCUAUUGUCUACACGACAAUAAUUGAUACGUCCCUAGUAUGCAUGCUCACGGCGUCGAUCUUCACGGAUUACAGAAAUCGGAAACUAACGUACCGAGCCUGGCUACCUUACAACUAUUCCUCUUCCAUUUCGUUUACUAUCACUUACGCUCAUCAAGCCUUCGGUAUAUCUCUGUGUGCGCUUGUGAACACUGCCUGCGAUAGUCUAUUCAGUGGCCUGUUGAUUCACACGUACUGCAUCUUCGAGAUACUGGGAUACCGUCUGAAAAAUAUCAUAAAAUAUGGAAGCGAUUCGGCGAAGCAGUGCGCUCGUCUUCAUAAUCAUAUAUACAAAUUUGCCACGAUGGUCAAUGAGGAAUUUAAAACAGUAGUAUUUGUUCAGUUUAUGGUGAGCACGUCUAUGCUUUGCUUCAACCUUUACCAGUUAACGCAAAGCCAGAUCCAUUCGGAUUUUGUGUCGCUCGUGUUUUACACGUUCUGCACGAUUAUGCAAAUAUUGUACUACUGUUGGUAUGGGAACGAAGUCAAAGUAAAGAGUCUCGAAAUUCCUGAGAUGAUAAUCGAAAGCAACUGGACGUCUUUGAACAACGACGAUAAGAAGAUUCUCUUAAUGAUUAUGAGACGAGCGAGGGUGCCUAUCGAAGUUUCCAGCGCAAAACUCGUCACUAUGGAUCUAAAUUCUUUUAAAACCUCGACGAUGCACUUGAUGAGAUCGAUAUUCACGCUCCUCGCUGUGUGCGGUUGUUCGCGGCCAUCUUCUUGGACCACUCCGACCAAGAAGCUCUUGUACACCGUUUACACGUUUCUUUUGUUACUCGUAGUGCAUAGUCUCGCGGUAACACAAAUUUUGGACAUAGUGUUCAACGUCGACAGUCAGGACGACUUCAGCGACAAUUUUUACAUGACUCUGGGAGUCUUAAUUUCCUGUUGCAAGAUGUGUAAUUUAUUGACGAGUCGCGAGAAUUAUGCGUUUUUGAUCGAAUCUCUGCAAGAAGAACCUUUUGUGCCAGCGAACGAGGACGAAAUUGAAAUUCAAACGAGAUUCGACAAAUGGGCGCAAUGGAACGCAAUCGUCUAUACGAUAUUAAUGGAAAUCUGUCUAGCAUGCGCAAUUGCAUCUUCGAUUACCACGGAUUUUAGAAAUCGAAAAUUAACGUACCGAGCCUGGAUACCUUACAACUAUUCUUCUUUCGUGACGUUCACGAUUGCUUACACUCAUCAGGUCGUAGGUAUAGCGACGUGUUCGGUUUUAAACGUUGCCUGCGACAGUCUGUUCAGUGGUCUGUUAAUACACACGUAUUGCAUAUUCGAGAUACUGGGAUACCGUCUAAAAAAUAUCAUAAAAUAUGGAAGCGAUUCGGCGAAGCAGUGCGCUCGUCUUCAUAAUCAUAUAUACAAAUUUGCCACAACAGUGAACGAAGAAUUUAAAUUAAUAGUAUUCGUCCAGUUCCUGGCGAGCAUAUCUAUGCUUUGCUUCGACCUUUACAGAUUGGCCAAGAACGAAGUGCAUUCUCAGCUUCUGGUAGUGGUGGUUUAUACAUUCUGCGCGUUUAUACAGAUAUUUUACUACUGUUGGUAUGGGAACGAAGUCAGAUUAAAGAGUCUCGAAAUUCCUGAGAUGAUAAUCGAAAGCAACUGGAUAUCUUUGGACAACGACGCUAAAAAGAUUCUUCUAAUGAUUAUGAAACGGGCGACUGUGCCCAUAGAAUAUUCCAGCGUGUAUUUGGUGUCUAUGAAUGUCAACACCUUUAAAUCCAUAGUAAAGAGCUCUUACUCGGCGUUCAACGUGCUCCGAAGUGGUCAAGGGGACUAGAAGGAGUGUGCAUUGCUUUUAAAUAUAAUUCAUCUACACUUUUUGGAAGUAACGUAUCACGCGGUGAAUGAUUACGAGAAAGAGAAAAGAAAAGCAAGUAACAUUAUGUGUGUUUGAGAAUGAGUGAAUUUGAUAUAAAACUCGCCACUGUGUCAUAUUACUCCUCAUUGUCUAUAACCUUCGUAAAAUAAAAUUACUGACGUUUGCAAACAAAAAUUCGGAAUAAAUGGAAUACCAAAUUUUCGAAUGUUUCUUUUUCCUUCCUCUAUUAAAAACGUUUCAAUUGAAUUAGGAGGAGAGGAAAGGAAAAGAAAAGGAGAGGAAAAGGAGAAGAAAGUGGAGACAGACACUUCAAAAUUGUACAUACUAGUGAAUGUAGAAACGAAUAUUAUAGAAAUGAAUUAGUAAAUUCUAUCGAAAACUACUGAUGUUGUAAUUCUUGUGACAAAUUUGCUUAGGCAAUACGGGUUUCCUUUGUCAUCUCAGGCAUAAAACAGGAAAUUCAAAUAAACACAGGAACGAAUAGACCCUGGUAUUCGCCGUAUUCUUCUUUUUUUUUUUUAUCAAUAACAAACGUUCAACGACUCACCACCUUUAGCGAAUUUUUUUCAAGAAAUCACGGAACACUUUCUGUUAUUUUGUCUCGCAAACUUUA